GAAUUACCAACCCUUUCUACAACCAAUAUAAGAAAACCCUCUAUAUAUAUAUAUAUAUAUAUAAGCUAGGAAGGCACCAAGGCACCAUUGUUGCAAAAGAAAGGGAGAGCUAGAGGAAGAUGGAUUCGAACAGAGCAGAAGCUAAUCAAAAGCCUCAUGCAAUCUGUGUUCCAUUGCCAUUUCAAAGCCACAUAAAGGCCAUGCUUAAAUUUUCAAAGCUUCUCCAUCAAAAAGGCUUUCACAUAACCUUCGUCAACACCGACUUCAAUCACCAUCGUCUCAUCAAAUCCAAUGCCUCCGGCAGCUCCUUGGACAGCUUCCCUGACUUCCGCUUCCAAACCAUCCCGGACGGUCUACCCCCUUCGGAUCCCAAUGCCACCCAAGACGUCAUUUCUCUUUUUGACUCCGUUUCGAAAAACAUGUUGCCUCCAUUUUCCGACCUCCUCAACAAUCUCAAUACUGCAACUCCAAACGUUAAUCCUCCCGUUACUUGCAUUGUCUCAGAUGCUUUCAUGUCGUUUACUAUAACGGCAGCAGAAAAGCUUGGAAUCCCUGUAGUAAUGCUCCUCACCAUCUCGGCAUCACGUUGCAAACUGCUCUCUACGGCCAUAAGACUCAAAGAUUUUGAUGGUAAGUUCAUAAUCGAAGGAGUGAAGAAAGCUAGAAAAGCUUCAGGAGUUGUAAUCCAUACAUUUGAUGCCUUAGAGGGAGAAGUUUUGGGUGCUCUAUCACCUCUAUUUCCUCAUGUUUAUGCAGUUGGACCGCUCCAACUAUUACUCAAUCACUCACCCAACGACGACCCUUUGAAGGCAGUUGGGUAUAGCUUAUGGAAAGAAGAAGAUGAGUGCCUCCAUUGGCUUGAUUCCAAGCAACCCAAUUCAGUGAUAUAUGUGAAUUUUGGCAGCGUAGCUGUCAUGACCCAACAACAGUUGCUUGAAUUUGCUUGGGGCCUUGCAAAUAGCAACUUUCCAUUUCUGCUAAUUCUUAGGCAUGAUCUAGUUAUUGGGGAAUCAGCAAUUUUGCCGCCAGAGUUUUCUUUAGAAACUAAAGAAAGAGGUUUAAUAGCUACUUGGUGCCCUCAAGAGGAGGUGCUGAACCACCCCGCCGUCGGGGCGUUCUUAACACACUGUGGUUGGAAUUCAAUGAUUGAAGGCCUGUCGGCCGGGGUGCCAUUGCUUUGUUGUCCAUUCUUCGGGGAUCAGCCAACAAAUUGUAGGUAUGCUUGCGAUGUGUGGAGGAUUGGGAUGGAGAUUGAGAAUAAUUCCACGAGAAAGGAGGUGGAGAAGAUUGUGAGAAAGUUGAUGGAGGGAGAGAAUGGUAAGAAAAUCAAGCAGAAUGUGUUGGAGUGGAAGAAAUUAGCAGAGGAGGCCACGGAUCUACAUGGUUCAUCAUCCAGAAAUUUGGAAAAUUUAGUCAACUUGCUUUUAUCAAAAUGUUAGCAGUUUGGAAAGUUCAGGCUUUCAGAUGAACACCUUAUGGUUAUGUGAGAGUUUGUGAUUUGGCAGCUUAAAAGUUUCUGUAUAUUUCAUUCGCAAUAUAUAUAUAUAACAUUUAGAGUGA